AUGUUCAAUGUCCGCGACCGCACCGAACACACACGCAAGCGGAAGAUAAUAUCCCAUGCCUUCUCUCCGAGGUCAGUGGCUGAAUUUGAGCCGUUUAUGGCGGAAAACCUACAACGGUGGAUCACCCAGCUGGACCGGAUUGCGGCUUCCCAGCCAUCACACAAGGGAAAGGCCUUUGCUCGAUACAACGCAAUGCCCUGGUUCAGCUACAUCGCUUUUGACAUUAUCGGAGAUCUGGCAUUUGGUUCACCGUUUGGAAUGGUGGACAAGGGCAAAGAUGAGACUGAGACCCAACUCGUGACCGGAGGACCGAUUACCUACACCCCGGCAGUCGACGUGUUAAAUAGAAGAGGCGAAGUCUCUUCAACAUUAGGCCUUCUUCCAGCACUUCGUCCAUGGGCUCGGUAUCUUCCCGAUCCAUUUUUCACCAAGGGCGUGGCGGCCGUAGAGAACCUGACGGGGAUUGCUGUCGCCGCUGUUGCGUCACGACUGGAUGCCGCGGAGAAGGGAAUGGUUGACUCGCGCAACGAUAUCCUUGCGCACUUGCUACAGGCAAAAGAUGCCAAUGGAAGGCCAAUGGAGCGGGAUGAGCUCAUAGCAGAGGCUCUGACGCAGCUUAUCGCUGGAUCCGACACAAUAUCCAACACGGCCUGCGGGAUAUUCUACUGGAUCCUGCAUGGAGAUCGAAGCGCGCCGGGCACCAUAGUUUCCCGACUACAAGAGGAGUUAGACCACGCAAUUGACCCCAAAGCAAAGAUCGCAUCUUACUCCGAAGUUAAAGAUCUCCCAUUCCUGCGAAGAUGCAUCGAUGAAGCGAUGCGACUUCAUUCCACCUCCGCGAUUGGUUUGCCACGUUUGGUCGCCGAUCACAGCCUCGGUGUUGAUUUUGAUGGCUUCCACUUCCCCCCCGGGACAGUCCUUUCAGUGCCCUCGUACACUAUUCAUCAUAUGAAGGACAUCUGGGGAGACGAUGUCGAAGAAUUCAAGCCUGACCGCUGGUUGAACCUGACUGCCCGACAGAAAACGGCAUUCAACCCAUUCUCACAUGGUCCCCGGGCAUGUGUCGGACAGAAUGUCGCCAUUAUGGAGCUGCAGCUGAUUAUUGGAACUUUGUUUCAUCGAUAUGAGUUUGCGUUGUACCAGCCCAUCAUUGAGUCACACGAAGGGUUCUCGAAGAAGCCCAAGGAGUGCCAGGCAGGUCUCAGAUUGAGAGAGAGUGAAAGUGAGAUCCCCAAAUUUGAAAUUGACACCACAAACUGA